AUGUUAAAGGAGGUCGUGAGUGCGAUACUCCCUCGUAAUGUGAAGACUUUGAGGUGCAAAAAGAGACCUUACGCAAACCGAGCAGACUUCAGAAAGAGACGAACGUGGCACGAUGUUCGCCACGAAGUGGACAAUCCUCAAACAUUCGAGAUUAAAACUAAUCCACCAAAAAUAAAAUCUCUAUUCUUAUUUCUUGUUUUCUGCGUGUGUGUUUUGAAUGUGAUAAUACCGUGUGAUGCUAGUGUAAGUGAUGUACAUAUAAGUAAGGAUCGGAGAGGAUUGCAUGAAGGUGCCCCUGGUAAACAAAAAGUCUGGCACGGGCACAAACAUGAAGGAAGGACGUAUGGAAAGAACAUUAGAAAGGGAAGAGUAUCCAUCAAAAGGCAUGCGGAUGAUGAAAAGAAUGACAAAUACGGAGCCGAUUCUCAAGAACUCAGUAAAUAUUACGGUUACUACAAAAAAGACGACAUACCUGUGAAUAUAACAGAUUAUCCCGUAUAUUUUGACGUAUCGCGGUACGUAAAUGACGACUCGCGAGCACUUGGAUAUCCACAUGAUCUGGCAAGUAAGCCGUACUAUGUUAAAAAUAUUAACUUUAACCUUCGACCUGAAAAACAUGAGUUUCACAAGAAGAGAGUCAAGUUAGGAGUGCUAUUGCCCGCUGAUCCUGAGCAAGUUUUCUCUUUGGUCAAAGUUCUGCCCAUAUUGGAGAUGGCGAUACCAGCUGUAACAAGACCUGACGGUCCAUUGCCUGGCUGGACGAUAUUGGUUGACUACAGAGACACUAGAUGUUCGUCUGUCGAAGGCCCGUUGGCGGCUUUCGAAUUCUACGUCAAUGGAUCUGCUGAUGCAUUCAUCGGCCCUGGUUGUGAGUACGUUAUCGCACCUGUGGCGAGAUAUGCUGUGCCUUGGGGCAUCCCUGUGCUAACAGCAGGUGCUCAAGCAGAAGCAUUUGGUUACAAGCAUCCGAGCUAUGUAACCCUUACCAGAAUGAUGGGCAGCUACACGCAAGCGGGCGGUGCCAUCCUAAAAAUUUGCGAGCAAUUCAACUGGCACCGACUUGGCAUGCUGUAUCAUAACAACGAACUGGCAACUGGGAAAGGCAACAGUCCAUGUUUUCUGACACUGAGCGCUGUCUUCGCAGUUUUGAAGAAAAAGACAGCAGGCGCCAACAAUAUAGUGACAGUGCAAUUCGAUGAAACGAAUACAACUAGUUCGACUCUAAAGGAGCUCCUACAAAAACUAUCGUUGAACACGAGAAUUGUGGUGGUUUGCGCUAACCCGAGCACAGUGCGAGAGAUCAUGCUGGCCGCAGAUGACCUCAACAUGGUAUCUUCAGGCGAAUACGUCUUCUUCAACAUCGAACUGUUUUCCAAUCUGGCAUCAGCAUCAUCUAAAGAGCCCUGGAAAGUGGAGAACGACACAGAUGAACGCAAUGAGAAGGCGCGGCGGGCGUACAGCGCUGUAUUAACCGUCACCAGUCCCGCUCCUGAGAAGAAGGAGUACCUCGACUUCUCUGAUCAGGUAAAAGAGCUUGCUGCUACGAAAUACAACUACACGUUCGGCAAAGACGAGGUGGUGUCUACGUUCGUAGCGGCGUUCUACGACGCGGUGCUGCUCUACGCUCUGGCACUGAACGACACGCUACGCCAGGCCGCGGAUCCCCGAGGCCACGUCGAUGGCGCCGCGGUUAUGCGAAAUAUGUGGAACAGGACAUUUCAAGGAAUCACCGGAGAGGUGAUAAUCAACAGCAAUGGUGAUAGAGUGUCGUCGUACUCCCUGCUGGACAUGAACCCUGUGACAAGCAAAUUUGAGGUGGUGGCCACGUACGUGGCGGCCAACUCUUCCCUGCAGUUCAUCGAGGGUCGGCCGAUACACUGGGCUGGCGGGCGCACCACAGCCCCCCCAGACACGCCCAUGUGCGGUUUUGACGGCUCCCUCUGUCCAGAUAAUUCACUCCCGGUGUACGCGAUCCUCAGUAUCAUUCUCAGCUCCGUGGUUGUUGUUUUGGCUGUACUCUCCGUCUUUAUAUACAGGCACUACAAGCUAGAAGCAGAGAUAGCCAUGAUGACGUGGCGUGUGAGUUGGAGCGAUGUUCUGCAGCCUGGAGGAAGGCUGCGAGGCAGCCUGCAUUCCAUCACUCGAAGGUACAGCACGGGGACGACAUUCUCUGAUGAAGCCCCGUCUCUCGCUGGUGAUAGACAAGUAUACACUCCUUGUGGCUUCUACAAAGGCUGUCGUGUAGCUCUCAAGACAGUCGACAAGCAACGUAUAGACUUGACCAGGCCUCUGUUGCUUGAACUGAAGAAGAUGAAAGAUUUAGAACAUGAUCAUUUGGCGAGGUUUUAUGGAGCUUGCGUCGAUCCCCCCCAUUGCUGCUUGCUGACGGAAUACUGCCCUAAAGGUUCCCUUCAAGAUAUCUUGGAGAACGAAUCCAUCAAGCUCGAUUGGAUGUUUAAAGUCAGCCUUAUGCAUGAUAUUGUGAAGGGAAUGCACUACCUGCACUCCUCCGAUAUUAGAUCUCACGGUGCUCUGAAGUCAAGUAAUUGCGUCGUGGAUUCCCGCUUUGUGCUCAAGAUCACUGAUUUUGGACUUCAUGCUUUACGGACUGCGGAAAAAGACUCAAGAGCACAUAGUUACUGGACACGUCUUCUGUGGACUUCGCCAGAACUGCUGCGGAUGACGGAUCCUCCUCCAGAGGGCACUCAGAAAGGAGACGUGUAUUCAUUUGGCAUCAUCAUGCACGAGAUAGUGAAUAGACAAGGCGCGUUCUGGCUUGGACCUGGUAUUGACAUGUCGCCUAAAGAAAUAAUAGAGAUGGUGAUAUCAAGUGGGAUUCGGCCCAACACAUCCCACCACCGAUCGUGCGAGGUGGACGACGCCACGGAGCUGAUGGCGCGUUGUUGGGCCGAGGAGCCCACAGACAGACCGGACUUCGCCCAUUUAAAGGGAACCAUCAGACGCCUCAACAAGAGUCAAGAGAGUAGCAACAUAUUAGAUAAUUUGCUUUCGCGUAUGGAGCAGUAUGCGAAUAAUUUGGAGUCUUUAGUUAGUGAGAGAACUCAGGAUUAUUUGGAAGAGAAAAAGAAAUGCGAGGAGCUGCUGUACCAGUUGUUGCCCAAAUCAGUUGCCUCCCAACUCAUCAACGGUCAGUCAGUAGUGGCGGAAACCUUCGAACAAGUGACAAUCUACUUCUCCGACAUAGUUGGCUUCACUGCGCUCUCUGCAUCAUCCACUCCGAUGCAAGUGGUGGACCUACUCAACGAUCUCUACACGUGUUUCGACUCCAUCGUCGAAAACUACGAUGUUUAUAAGGUGGAGACCAUCGGAGACGCGUACAUGGUGGUGUCUGGUCUUCCUGAGCGUAAUGGGACUCGACACGCGUGUGAGGUCGCGCGAAUGGCGCUCGCAUUGUUGGACGCUGUGAGGAAGUUCAGGAUCCGACAUCGACCCAUGGAUCAGUUGAAGCUGAGGAUUGGAUUGCAUUCUGGUCCGUGUGUGGCUGGAGUGGUCGGUCUCAAGAUGCCGCGGUAUUGUUUGUUCGGAGACACGGUGAACACUGCGUCACGUAUGGAGUCCAAUGGCGAGGCUCUGAAGAUCCACGUGUCUCCUGACACCAAGGAACUGCUCGACACCUUCGGGACCUUCCAGUUGGAGUGUAGGGGAGAGGUCGCUAUGAAGGGCAAAGGAAUUCUAGUCACAUAUUGGUUAUUAGGAGAAAAAGUAGACCCCAACGCUCAGAAAGAGAAACACCCGCUGAUCAAAGCGCAAACACAAUCCGCAGAAAGUGGGUCAUUGUCACAUCUCACGCCGUUCCGGCAAAGGCUGGACCAAAGCUCCCGGUCUUCUAGCAGACGAGGAUCAGGAAUACUCCUGCAGAAGACCAGUGAUGUCAACAAGCUGGAGAAAGAAGCCCAACCGCUGCUACAGAACUUAGUAAUGCAGAGACAACUAUCUGAUCCCACAGAACCUGUAAUCAAUGGAGUAGACAACGAGGAAUUAGACAAACUAUCAGUAUCCAAUUCAAUAUCUCUAAACGUUAAUUCACUGAACCACAACUCUGUGAAUCAGGGUGGACAGCCAAAGGUUAAAUUGAAGGAGGCAAAUUCGAUUAACCACAAAUCGAAUAAAGUGGGUAACAACAACUGGAUAUCCAAGUUGCCGACAGCCAGCUCGUUCGAUAACGGUACGAAAAAAGCUGCUGAACGCUUGAAGGACUACAGUAGUGUACCCCUUUUAUCUAAAGUGGAAACACCUAAUGAUUCUAUCGUUUAGGAAAUUGUAUUUAAUGUCUGCGAGAGUUGAACCUGACUGCAGUGUUGAGCCGAUUUUGUUGAAUUUGAUGAAGAGUUUUAUUAAGAUUUAUCGGGUUUUCUUCAAAAAGAUAUUAGGUUUUGUGGACACAUUCCAUAAGAAAUAUUUUCGUGCACCGCAAGCAUUUUUAUGUAGUAAUAUUGUAUAUAUUUAGUGUCCACUAAGUUGAGCUAAUGACUAACCUCAUUUGAGUAAGUAACUAAGAUUCGUUAAAUGUAUAUAAUGAAGUAGGCGUAGUUUUUUUUUAAUAUCUUUGUGUAUAAAAUAGGCAGUACGGAGUGAAGAGCGGAAUCAGAUCGGCUCAAUAUUGUACCACGUGAUUAAAAUAUUGCAUUUUGUACUUUAUUAACAUGACAUUUGAGUCUAACUAUGUUUUGUGUCUGAUCAAGUGAUAGCGUGUAAAGUUGAGAGAUUGCCAAAAACAUAAUAAAUAUUUGAUCAAAAGUAUAUUAACUGCAAAAUUAUAUUUCGACUGAUUUGCUGAGAUGAAAUGAAUAAUAUUCUUUCAUAAAUAAAUUAUGAUCAAAUGGUUUCACGAUGGUAAAGAGAGUUUUAUUGAGUGUAAGUCUGUAUGUUUGUUCGUCUUAUUAGAGUAUUGGCGCUUGAGUCAUAAAUUAAGAAAUUCACGUACUUAAAACAUAUUUUUUGUAUAUACGGAUAAUCUCUUCACGUUUAAUUCGAUAGUAAAAUAGCACGAAAUGUUUUAAUAUUUUUGUUAUAUAUUUUUAUUCAGAUUUUACAUAAUAAGGCGUAUUUUGAAAAUACUUGCCCCAUGAAUUAUUAAAUUCGUUUUAUUUAUAAUAGAAGUCCAAAAACGAUUAUCGAUUAUUCAUGAGUUACCCUUUUUCACCUAAGAGUUGUAACUAAUCGUAUAUCGAUGUAUAUUUCUUAUUUUAAUACUGGACUGAGGUGAAUUGAAUAAAUCUUAGAAAGAAUUCGUGAUAUUUUUACGAAUCAUUUUGAGCGGUUAAACGUUCGUCUUAUAAAUAUUUGCAACAUUCCUAUUUGUGAGCUUCGAAGUCUAUCCUGCCAUUGGGUGUUUAUAAAUCUGAUUUGAGCAGUUUUAUCUUUAAUGUAGCAAUAUUUAAAGUCGAUUUUGGCACGUGAUCCAUUACUUCCCAUAUCACCAUGUCUAUACGUGAAUAUUUAAAAAUCGAAUUAUUUUAUUACGUUGUAAAUAAAAUGCCUAUUUGAAAAAUAACGCUUUGUAUGUUUCGAUUAAAGUACUGGCUGGUUUGUUUAUUUCGAAAAAGGUUUCCAAUCAAAAGAGAAUAAUUAUACAGCCAGUGCAAUUAAAUACAACUACAUAUGGAACAAGCAAUGGAUCGACGUGCGAAACGACCUAAAUGAACAUUUUCUAGUAUCAGUAAUGAGACUAGUAUGUAAAUAAUGUACUUAAGUUUAUUUAUUGUAAAUAUUAAACGUAACUUUGUUGUGAUCUUAGAACGGUAUAAUCUAUUUAUAGUAGUGACGUCAACACGUCAAUGUUUCUUCGAACAUUAUAGAGAAUUAAAACGAGUGAGAAUUA